GAUUUGGCAGAUCUUUUUGGUUGUGAUGUGCCUGUUGUUACAGACAGUGGUACACUGUCAUUUGAAUGGAGAGAUGGGCCAAUCUUGAAUGCAAUCAAAACUGGCCAAUGGGUUCUUCUGGAUGAAAUGAAUUUAGCGUCGCAGAGCAUUUUGGAGGGGAUGAACGCGUGUUUCGACCAUCGCCGUCAAUUAUUCAUCCCCGAAUUGAGCCGAACUUUUAAAAUUGAUGGAAAUGCAGUGCAAAAAACACGGUUUUUCGCCUGCCAAAAUCCCUGUUCCCAGGGAGGUAAUCGAAGAAAACUUCCGAAAUCGUUUGUUAAUCGCUUUACACAGAUUUAUGUGGCGCAGAUGACUGCAUCCGAUUUCUCGGUUGUCUUGAAGUGCUCAUUCGAGGCGCAGUUGUCCGAUGAAGUGAUUCAGAAAAUGGUUGAUUUGAACAGUCUGAUUGCCAAGAAAAUGGCUGAAGAUGCACAGUUUGCGGCGAAGGGAUCUCCGUUUGAAUUUAAUCUACGCGACCUCUUAAGAUGGGCGCAACUAACUGUUGAGAGCGGCGGUGAUAUUGCAUAUGGAUUCGAUUUACUGUAUGUAUGGCGCUUGCGUAGCAACGCUGAUCGACUAAAGGUGAGUGAUUUUGUGGUCGUUGAAACCAACCAGGAUUUAAGUGAAGAUCGUUUUAUGAAACUGCUUUCGUCACAAAUGCAAUUACUGGAAAAGUUAGCAGUUUGUGUUCGAAUGAAUUGGCUUACGCUACUUGUUGGCCCGUGCGGCUGCGGCAAAUCAACAACUGUCCGCAAUCUAGCAUCGCUGGUUGGAAAGAAUCUCUGCACAAUGCGUCUAACAUCGGAAUCGGAUUCGCUCGAACUUCUCGGAUCAUUUGAACAGGUGCUAGCUGUUUGCUUUUCAAUAUUACUUUAA